GAGGCGGAAACCUCCAUCUGCCCUGCUCGGUGACCGACCCGUCAUCCUCGGGCUCGGAGAGGAGACGGAUCAUCUCCUCGCUGGAGUCAUUUCUGUAUUACUUUCACACCGUGGAUGCGGAAACAAGAGCAGAAACCGUGGAGGACUGGUGUGACAAAAGAAAAAAGACCGAAUUUGACAUGGAAGAGAUCUAUAGUCUAUAUAUAGGCUAUGCCCUGGACUGCACCACCACCACCAGCGCCGCCACCUGCCCCCAUGGUACCGGUCAAUGAGAGCCAGCAACAGCUCGGUGUGAAACACACAUUCCUUUUUUCUCUCUCUACCAUGCCCUCCUCGCUUCCAUAUGUUAGAAAACACAGUCAUCUUAUUUUAGCAGUGCUGCCUUCCUCCUCCUCUUCUUCCUCCUCUUCCUUCUCUCUUGUCCUCCUCUCUUUCUGAGUUUUGACUCUUUUUUUUUUUUUUUCAAACACACACAUACACAAACACUCUGGAAAAUGAAGCGUGGGUCGAGUGUGUUGCAGCCUCCCUCUGAUGCAGCCAAACGACACACACACCCUGCAAGCACACGCACAAAGACACACUCCGGCAGUGAUGUGGGCUUGCUGAGUGUGCCUGAACGGACGCCGGACACGCACACCGCAGGUUCGAGUCCUUUCCCAGCAGCCACCUCUCUGUUCAGCCCUGAUGUCACCACCAAGAUGGCGUCUGACCUCCUCAUCAGGCUUUCAGAGGCCACUCAGAAGGCCCAGAUGCAUCCUGGGAGCCAAGAGGAGGCUGAGCAGCAGGACGAGCCUGGGGUUGCACUCUCCCCAGACAGCCCCGGGGCGAGUCCAGAGCCGCCGUCCCUCACACACACACCCGAUGGCAACACAGCCACCGACACACUGGCUUCAGACCUUCUAAGGAAGCUAGCAGAGCGUCAGGAAGUCAGCAGCCAGGUGUUACGGCUCAAAGAGGAAGAAGAGCCAAUGGAUGUCAGCACGGUGGCCCAAAGUCGACCAGUUACAGAGGAGAUUGCUAGGUCGACCCAAAAGAUGGGGAGCCAUCAUCUGUUCACUGUUAAAUCAGAAGGUCGGGAUCUCACUGGGAACAAAGUAGCUCAACAGUUGCACCCUGGAGCCAAAAUGGUGGACCAGUGUCUCCUUGGUUUCAAAAUGGAGGACAGAUUUUACGCUGGAGGCUGCCAGUCUGCCUCCAAAACAGCAGCUAGUGGCAUCUCUGGAGCUAACAAGUUUCAGUUUCCAGUCAAAAUAGAGCAUCAUGGUGUUACUAUGAAAGAGCAGCUUGUCGUGAAUGUGAAAAGCACAGAGAGGCUGCUCUCUGGAACGAAGAUGAGCAACCAUUUUCUGUCUAGAGUUAAGAUGGAGGACCAAUUUUCCUCAGGGGCUACGAUGGAGAACCAGCUUGUCUCUGGAGCCAAGAUGGCCACCCAGGUUUUCUCCGGGGCAAAGAUGGAGGAGCAGCUUUUCUUUGGAGCCAAGAUGGAGGACCAGCUUACCUCUGGAGCCAAGAUGGCUGAUCAGUGCCUCAGAGCAGUGCUGUGGCAGGACAUGUCGGUGAACCUGGCGUCUACGUUGCUGCACCAGCUGUCAGAGAAGGUCAGUAAGUCCACCAAUCAGCAGGUGGAGAGGACAACUCCGCCCAUCAGAAGCAGUCCUGAUUUGAAGGUGAACGUGGACCAACUCCGCCCUUCCCCAUUCUUGACCUCCCAGGAACCUUCAGAUGAAACCCAAACCAGCCUCAGCAGAGAUCAAACCACAGGUUGCUCUUACUUCUUCAGGUGUCACGUGUGUGGCUUUGAGACUGAAGGCCAGGCCCUUUUCCAGAGUCACAUGACGGAGCACCGCCAAUGGGAGCACAACUCCUUCACACUGCACUGCUGCAUGUGCGACCUCUCAACCAAUCAGGAGGCAGAAAUGAGGGCCCAUAUGGACACGCACAUACAGGGAGAUGUAGGAGAGUUGAGAUGCCCCAUCACCCUUCCUGCCGCCUCCAGCAGUGCUCUGGCAGUUGCCGUGGCAACCCAGCCAGAGAAAAGCACCUCUGAGCAUCGCUGCCGCAUCUGCCAGAGGUUGUUUCCAGGGCAACAGGAGCUGCUGGUUCACUUCCAGGGUCAUCGCCAAGGCAACCAGUACCGGUGCGACCGGUGCGGCCACCUGACACGGACAGCCAACAAGCUGGUGGAGCACGUGCGCGUGCACACAGGGGAGCGGCCCUUCACCUGCGACCUGUGCCCCUACAGCGCCAAGCGGCGGGACAGUCUGCGGCUGCACUGCAAGGUGAAACACGGCGCGCACGGCAACGGGAGCGCAACAGAAUCACCCGGCGACGUGCACACGCACCGGUCAUACGUGCCCAGAGACAAUCAGCGUGCGAGUAAGCACGUUCAGCGGCUGCACACGCCGCCCAGCACACACACUGCUGCUUCCUCCUUCUUCUCUCAUCCUCCUUUUCAGCCAUCGCUCUCUGACCGCGCAGGAUGGAGGGAUUUAUCCCCACUCCUCCCCAUCACAACGCUCAUCUCUCUGAAACCACACUCACUUUCAUCCUCCUCCUCUGCCUUUUCCUCAACUAAACACUCCUUCCUCGGUUACCUCGGUCUGACAACUUCUUUGUAAAUGUUUUUUUUCUCAUCCUCCUUCCUCUCUUCUUCCUUUCCUGUCCCUUCAUCCCUUUUAUCCAUCUUCUGGACUAUUUAAGUGAUGGAUGUAAAGCUCUAAUGUAUCCAAGGUACUGUCACUCAGCACUAUGUAUGAGAAUGUCAAACAGCUACUAUUAUGCUCAGUGCACUGAAAACACACACAGAUAGGAACGUUUUGUAUUUAUUCAACUUUUGCAUUAUGCUCGUAAUUUUUGCUGCAUUUUUGCCUGCUUUAGCUUGUCAUAUAAGCUCUAAAUUCUUAGCUAUUUAACCGUGUGACAUAUUUAUUGCUUGUCUCUCGUCCUCCAGAAACCCUGAGCUUAAAAAUUCUAUUUAAAAACAUUCCUUUAGAGCACCAGGUGCUUUGGUGUAAAGAUCACUCAUUAAGUAAAAGAAAAACAUUCCUGUUGAUGUAAGAGUGAACGUCUUACUGAAAAAAAGGUCAAACCAGUAGGGUGGUGAUUGCUCAAAGACAUUUUUAAAAUCAAGUUGAACAACAUUUUAGUUUCAGGGAAGAAAAUACACACAGUGUUGUUUGAGGCUAAGCUUUGACACAGCAGUUCUUAGAGCUAAAGGUUAGCUUUAACAUCAAAAUAGCUUCAGAGUGACAAGGCUAACUUAAGCACCAUUUCCACCAAGGGAUCCAGAUCGGGACAGGACAGUUUAUACAGUUUGGUUUAGUGAAUUCUGAUCUCUGUUGCAUUUUUACAGCUAACUAUACCCUUAACAGAUAUGCAGCGUACAGGCCGGAUAGCAAUAGAUGCAUCAGCUACGUUAUGGUGUGAUGUCAUACCAGCGCAAUGCCUUCCUUGAAUUAUAACGAAGAACACGAAGAGUAUAGUGUACAUCUAGCAGUUUGUUUUUUUCCUUCUUGGCAUGUCGUUUUAAACAACAGAAAAUCUGUGCUAUAUUUAAUCUGGGUGCAGGUCUCAUUUUAUUCUUAUUGCUGAGUUGCAAAGGAUUAUUUUCAACCAACAGAUUGCAGUGUGUCAAGCUCCACACUGUUGGAUCAGAUUGGAAAAACAGGGACCCCAACUCAAGAGCCCCCAAAAAAGUAGGACCAGUUAGAUUGGAUAUCCUGGCACCCUUGCCAGUUUUUGCCGGCAGACAUGCAAAAAGAAAAAAAUUACUGACCAGGAUCCAUGUUGGAAACGGGGCUGUACAGACAUUAAGCAGGCAGGCUACAUCCACACUGAGACUAAACCGGUUUAGUUUUUAAAGGGUUUUCCGUCCAUAAAGACAGAAUAUUUCAAGAAAUGUGUCUGUUCACACAAAAACCACUAAAAAUACUGCAGUACAUAUUCCAGGCCUGUAAGUGGCAAUGUAACGAUUCCACAGAACGACACCCAAAACAGAGAAGAAGACACGGAACACGCAGAAACUCAUGUUGCUGGGGUUAUAGUUGAUAAUACAUUAAAAAUAGCUCACUUAUCUGAGACAGAAAUGGAAUAGCAUGUACUAAAGUUCGGUUUUACAUACCCAAAGUAAGCGGUCGAGAUGGCUCAGGCAGAUUUACUUCCACAGUUUUUUUUAUAAAAUUUACUAUAGUCACAGAAACAUUGGCUCUACUGAACAGCAGAGCAGAAUAUUAAAAGGUUAACUGGUAACCGUUGCCCAAUAAACUCUUUAUUUGCAGGUUUUUUACAUUGUGUUUCAUUACAUCAUCUGAACACAUUUUACUGUCCAGCGUCUAUUAGAGAAAAUAUAGCUGCUACUAUUUUGUUUAGCUAAUAACAACUAACCAACACAACAAUGCGCAAAUCUUACUGGUUUUUCAACUUUUAACUGGAAUAUUAUGAACUUGAAAGUGACAUCAUUCCCAGCUAGCUCAGAGUUCCAGCUUUGGAGGCUAACAAAUUAGCAUAGUAUGCUAAUAUUUGCUGAUUAGCAUCAAAUAUGCAGUGCAGCUGUGUCAUUAGAUAUAGUUUAUAGUAGGAUUGAUAUUUGAUCAGGAUGUGACGCAUCUUUGUGAGGGAUUAUCGCUUUUAACAUGGCACCAGUCUGAACAACUAAUUAACAGGUUAACAGGUUAGCAUGCACAGAGGUGGUGGGUCUUAAUUUGGUGGAAAAUUCUACAAAUCACAGAUCAGUUUAAAAAGUAACUGUGAUUAUACUAAAAAAAAACAUCGUUCAGCAUAUUUUCUUUGAGGAUUUUUAAAGGUGCAUUGUUUCUGGAGGACAGUGAGGAAAUUUCUAAUAUUUGUGUUGUAUAUUGAUGAUGUAUUUGUGUUUACAUACUUUGGGCUUAGAGGAGUCUAAUACGUCUCAGAGUUGCACUAUAAUGUUGUUUUGCCAUUGCAGAGACUAAAAAAUGAUUAAGAACACUGAAGCCAUUUCUUUAACUCUACUAACCCAUGAGAGCUUUUAUUUUGGAGAAGCUGAAACCUAUGGCCAAAUAAAUUCAACCCGGUUAGGUUUCAUAAUAAUAUCCAGUUUUACCAGUAGAUCCAUGACUGGCAUGUUUAAUGGUUUAAAUAGUGGGACACAUUAAUUUCAGAAACUAUUAUUUAGUAAAUUGUAGAGCUUUAGCAGUGUUACAGAGAGGUGAACAAAGUUGUGUGUACAAAUUUCCUAUCAGGUUCUGGAUUUAAAACCAUGCUGCACACUUUGCCUCCUCCCUUCCUGUGGAGGGCAGCAAACAAUAAUGAGAAAUCCAAAGCUACAUUUUUAAGGACAUUUCAGUAUCACUGCAUCUAUUGCCUGUUAUUUAACUGUGAAAGUAUCAUGAGAGCUACCAGAAAUGAGUUUAACAUAUGAAAUUUGACUAAAACUGAGUGAUCCAGGCUGAAAAUCUGUGUUCUGCUGAAUUAUGUUUCAUGGGAGUUAACAAUUAUGGUCAGAUUUAUUUGCAGUUUCAUCUGCAGGAAUGUUGGGACGCUGUGUGAAAUGUUAAAGAAAAUGAAUUGUUUAUCAUUGAAAACCUACAUUUGAUACAGAAGUUCAGUGCUGUUGAAAAGCCUGGUUCAAGUUUGGACUAUGUUUAAGAAAAAUACUCAACUGAUAAGGUCAACAAAAGCCUGGAAACAUGAAUCUUUCAGAAAUAAAAAUAGAAAAAAAACUGGCAAAUUGCAACCAGUUCAGAUUCGCCUCAUCUAAAAAAAAUGGUGAAAACAAUUUUUCAAAGUCUCCAAGACAAAAUGUGGAAGUGCUGGGUGGUAUGACCAAAAUUAUAUCACUGUAAUUUUACAAAUUACACAGAUUUUAAGGCAUUUUUUCCAGUUUUUGACAAUCUACUGACUGAGAGAAAAUUACUGCAGUAAAGUGGCUAAGAAUACCAACUCCAUUGUUAUAAGAAUUAUAAGAGGAAACAAAAUCAUUUUAAUGUCUUCGUCAUCACCCUGAAUCUUUUUUUCUCUACAGAACUUAUCAGAACCAGGUCUUUGGCUGUAUGGAUGAUGGUGGUGUAGGUGAUCUUGAUGCUGCUUACUUUUUUGUCAUAGUACCUCUACGAGUGGCAUCUGACUGGAGUGUCCUCCAGCUUCUUCAGUUUUAGAAGAUGUGGAGCGUGUUAGUCUCAGUUUAUUACUUUCCUGCUACUCCAAAGCAUGUUUGUGGUGCAGCAAAUUGCUCAUGUCGACCGGAUUUGCAGUAAAUUAUUGUUUUGGUUCGUGUGCAUCCCUUUAAAUACAACUAAGAUAACGCAAUAUAGUGCAAAUA